GGUAGUUUGGUCGUGCUCGGGAGUUGUAUCUCCUGGGGAAGGCCGGGGGAAGUGGAAUUGUGGGAAAUCAUGGCGGCGGCCUUGGUCGCCCGGAGUCCCCGGGUCCUGACAAUGUCACGAUCUAGCAUUACUGCUAUAGCCACAUCUGUAUUUCUUGCUCAGUCCCACCGCAAACUUCAUCAUGCUCUUAUACCUCAUGGGAAAGGUGGGCGUUCCUCAGUCAGUGGGAUCGUGGCUACUGUAUUUGGAGCAACAGGAUUUUUGGGUCGCUAUGUCGUCAAUCACCUUGGUCGUAUGGGAUCACAGGUGAUUGUCCCCUAUAGGUGUGAGCCUUAUGAUUUCACCUAUCUUCGACCCAUGGGUGACCUGGGCCAGAUUAUAUUUUUGGAAUGGAAUGCUAAGGAUAAAAGUUCCAUUCAGAGGGCACUGGAGCACAGCAAUGUUGUCAUCAAUCUUGUUGGACGAGACUGGGAGACUAAAAACUUCGACUUUUCAGAUGUCUUUGCUGUCAUUCCCGAGACAAUAGCUCAGUUGGCCAAGAAUGCUGGGGUAGAAACAUUUAUUCAUGUUUCUCAUCUCAAUGCUGACAUCAAAAGCACUUCUAGAUACCUGAGAAAUAAGGCUGUUGGGGACAAAGCAGUGAGAGAGGUAUUUCCUGAAGCCAUCAUUAUGAAGCCCUCUGACAUUUUUGGAAGAGAGGAUAGAUUGCUCAAUCACUUUGCAAAUAUCCGUUGGUUUGGUGGUGUUCCUCUCAUUUCAUUGGGCAAAAAAACGGUGAAGCAACCAGUUUAUGUAGUAGAUGUAUCCAAAGCCAUUAUCAAUGCAAUUAAGGAUCCAGAUGCCCAAGGGAAGACCUAUGCCCUCACUGGGCCGAAUCGCUACCUCUUAUAUGAUUUGGUGCAAUAUAUCUUUGCUGUGGCUCACAGACCAUAUCUUCCAUACUACAUGCCACGUUUUGUGUAUCAAUUGGUGGGAAAAUUCUUUGAGAUGAGUCCAUUUGAACCCUGGACUACAAGGGACAAAAUAGAGCGAAUUCACAUCACUGACAAGAAAUUGCCUCACCUGCCUGGCUUAGAAGACCUUGGUAUCAAGCCUACUCCCUUAGAGCUCAAAGCCAUUGAAGUUCUUCGACGUCAUCGUACUUACCGAUGGUUGUCUGCUGAACUGGAAGAUGCAAAGCCAGCCAAAACAGUCAACUUUUAGUGUUCCUUAGGCCGCCUUGUGUUUUCCAUGUUGUUUAGGUCACCUGUCCAGCCAGUGAUUAUCUUCUGAGAAUUCUGUGCCUGUUAGAGCAGAUUCCUCAAUUAAAAUUUUUAAGAUGAAUUUUAGAAGCAUCAGCAUUUUCCUUCCUGGCUUAUAGAACAUUUGCUGCAUUUUGAAAAAUCAUCUAAUAUAUCCAUCUGCAUUUCCAAAAUCACUUCAGGCAGAUGAAAGUGUAUUUUGUUUGUAAAGAUUGUCCUGAAAGGAAAUUUAACUUGCAAUCAUUCAUUACAAUCAGUAGUCAUUCACUAUAGAUGGUAGUGGAGUGCUGGACCUGGAGUCCGGAACCUGAGUUCAAAUCUGUCCUUAAACCCUUACUAAACAUAUGACUUUAGGCAAACCAUUUAGUCUUUAUUUGCCUCAGUUUUCCUCAUCAUUCCUAAGUGAAUUUGUAGAACUAAAGUUACCAAAUCUUAUUUCAAUUUAAUUCUUUUUUUUCCAGUCAAAACUUCAUUAUUGUUCUAGAACAUAAUGCUGUGUGAGCAAAUCAUAUCAUCUCCUAGAUUGCAUUGUUUGCUUAGAUAAAUUAUACUAGUUAUGUGGAGAAAGAUACCUUGGAUUUCUAAGGGCUAUCCUCUCAUUGUAGUGUCUAUUUACAGCAUAAAAAUUCCCUUGACAGAUUCCACAGUGUCCGUAUUAUUUCUGACAACCAUUUAAACAAUAAUUUAGUAUAAAACAAGCAAACUAAUACAUUAUUUCUCCUUACUCAGGCUUCAAUUUAGCUAAUAAUUACCAUCAUCUACUUAAUGGGUAUUAGUUUUUCAAAAAUGGUUGAUGGUAAAUGUUUGUACCUCAUGUUAGCCAGGGCUGACUUGAAUAUAGGACUAAGUUAAAUAUAAACAGAGCAGUUAUAGGCUCAAGUGACAAUUCCAGAAAAGCUUUACAGGAAUGAACCAGCCUGCCAGUGUCUGAAAUAGCCACAUUGACUUUGAGUUCAUGAGAAAGCCAGAGGGCAAACUUAAAAUUCUUCAAAUAUCAAGUUCUUGGGUCCACAAUUGACCUCAUUCACUUCUGGUUUCUCCUUUCCUAUACCAUCCCUCCUGAUAUGGAAGCAACAUCUAUCCCUACAUAAUCUAGUAUUUUUUUAAUGUAAUGUUUUUUUUUUCCAAUUGCAUAUAAAAAUUUUUUUAACAUUUAAAAAAAAGUUUUUGAGUUCCAUAUGCUCUCCUUCACAUUGAGAAAGUAAGCAUAGGUUAUCCAUAUGCAGUUAUAUUUCCAUGUUGCUCAUGUGAAAGAAAACAUUUUUUAAAAGAGAAAAAGUAUGCUUUGUUCUGCAGUCAGAUGCCAUCACUAAGCUGUCAUUGAUUCUUAAUUGACCUAAAAACUAAGGCUUGAACUAUUGACUUAGCUUCUUAGUCACCUAAGUACAAAAGCUAUAGCACAGGCCACUGUGGCAAAUGAAGAGGUAGAAGUUGCAUCCACCUGAAUCCAUGCUGUGUCCUUUCUGAAUAUCCUUCCCAUAUUACUACUGAGGUAGUAAUACUGAGUAUUGUUAACUGAGGUAGCUAGGUGAAAGGAGGGUUGGGUCUGGAGUCAGGAUGGACCCAAAUGCACAUCCAGCCUCAGACAGCAGCUAUCUGACUGGAACAAAUUUUAAUCUCUCUUUUGGCCUUAAUCCACUGAAGAAGGAAAUGGCAAAUCCCUCCAGCAUCUUUGCUCCUUGGAAACCCCCUACAGGGUCACAAAGAGUUGGACAUGACACAACAACAAACUUGCUUUUGUUGUCUGUUGGUGGUGGAGUAUCCCAUAUCUUCCUGAAGCUGAACUAUCAGUCUUAAGGCAGGCCUGACCCAGAAUGUUUGGUGUUAGUCAGCAGGGUUUGAUAAGAAUGAUGUCAAAAUAAUCGUGUGGCUAACUUGACUAAAGUGGGAGAAGGACAAUUUAGAAGGCAAAGGAGCCUUUUACCCUCUGGUUCCUGUGCUCCUAUUGCCAUCCCUUGAGGGGGACCUGCAGUCAUUCUGGGGGAUAAGAAAAUAAACCUGUGAGCAUUUAGCAACUAGAAACAAGUGGGAGCGUGUUCAGAUGUGUAAAAAACCUCACACCCUGAAGAUGACUUUUUUCCUUUAUUUUUAUUUCUCUGUAUUUACCAAAUAUCAUUAAAUAUAAACAUUUAGGUAUACAAAGAACAACACACACACACCAAAAGGCAAUCUUGACCACAAAUAGUUUACCUAUUAAAAAAACCCAAACAACCAACUGAGCAUAUUGGAUUCAUAAACUGUUGUGCUUGUCUCUAAACCUCCCUCUGUUUUUAAAAUGCUUCAUUCUAAUAAAGUCCCAAUCCCAAUUCA